CAUCACCGCACACCGGUCCCCAUUUCUUCCCCUUCACCUAGAUCCGCCUCGACCUUCCCCUCGCCCGAUUAUUUCCUCGUCCUCACACCACGCUGGCCUCCAUAUAAAUCCGGCCUCUCUGCAGCCAGCCCUCCAUCAACACCAUGUCGCGGCUCACCGCCUCGCUCGACGCCGGCCACCGCUAUUCCGACGCACACGACGUCUUCCGCCGGGCAGACGAGUCGGAGGAGGAAGAUACCCUGGGGUCGGACGACGAGGGCGAACCCGCCGUGCGCAUCAUACCAAACGAGGGCCAGCCGUCGCCUCUUCGGGCCUACAUCAUCCGUGCCAUCGCUCUUUUAUGCGCAUGUUCCCUCAGCAUAGGAAGUCAUUAUGCCUCCUACAUUCUCGGACCUCUCAAGUCGCGUCUGGCACGCGAGAUGGGCACGAACAACACGGAGUUCUCUCUGCUCAUCUCGGCCUUUUCCCUCAACAGCACAUGGACCCCGCUGGUCGGUGGACUGCUUGCCAGUAGGCUGGGUACGACUACCACGAGCAUUCUCGCGACAGGUGUCAUCUUCCUCGGCCAGGCGCUGCUACUCUUCGGCAACCUCACCAACAGCGUCCGUCUAAUGACCUUCGGCAUGUGGGUGUAUGGCCUCGGUGUGAGUCCUUUGGCAGUCGUUCAGGAGACCAUCAUCGUCCGCUUCUUCAAGUCGCAUGGCCUCGGUGUCUCUUUGGCUUUGGGUCUCGUAGCAGGCAAGGGUGCGUCGUUCGUGUCGGCGCGCACUUCAUACUCCCUCUCCGAAAACUUCGGACCGCAUGCGCCCUUCUACGCAUCGACCCUCCUUACCGCCAUCUCCUUCCUCGUCAACAUCAUCUAUGUCUGUGUAUCAAAAUGGCUCGUCCGCGAAUCGGGGACGGAGCUCGAAGCGUCUGAACUCCGUGACGAGGCAGAGAAUACGCAGAUCUGCCUCACCGAGGCCGAGGCACUCAAGAAGGUUGCCAAAAAGCGUAUGGUUUACCUUCGGGAUAUCACCAAGUUGGGCGAUGUCUUCUGGGCUUACAUCGGAUUGAACAUUCUCUGCGGUGCUAUAUGGGCGCCUUUCACUCACCUCGCUGCAAACAUCAUCGAGAAGCGUUACGGGCUUACCGAGCGCGAUGCCAGUAUCAAAGGAUCAUACCUGUUGGCGGGUAGUGUUGCGUUGUACCCUGUGACCGGCUUCCUCGUCGACCGUGUGAAGCGCCGCGGAUUCGUAAUGCAGCUCUUGACUGCGUCCUCCAUGCUUACACUCGUGUGCUACGCCUGGCUGGCGCUGCCUCCAAGCUGGACCAAGUCGCCUAUGCCUGGCAUCAUGGCCUUCGCGUCCGGUCACGGCUUCUCUCCCCUUCUUCUUGUCGUCAUCGUUCCCAGGCUGGUGCCAGCUAAGUACGUGUCCACUACCCUCGGUGCUCAUAAGGCUUUGGAGCAGGUCGGCUCGACCGCGUUCCAAACACUAGCCGGAGUUGCUUUGGACUUCACUAAGAAGAAGCAUGCGGAGUUCACAGGACCCACGGGUGGCGACACCAGGAGGGAUAUCCAGCUCGUCCUGAACGCCUUCGUGCUCCUCAAUGUGCUUCAGCUCGUCAGCAUCUUCGGCCUCGCUUGGCUUGACCGCAAGCGUCGGGGGAGUGCCUCUCAGAGACAGAGUGCCUUGUUGUCCGCGGUGCAAAGCGAGGUCGCGGCUGAAGAGGAUGACGAGCGUGCUGCGGAGACGGCGAAGGGCAAGGAGCGUGCGGGUGCCGUAUGGCGCAUCGACAACAUGUCCUCGUCCCGCGAGUGCAGCCGUGGUCCCUCAUGCUGCCGCGCAUCCUCUUCAGACGAAGUAGCGAGCGUACCUCUUCUGCACGACCACUCGCGACACCCUUCGCAUCGCGAGAGUCGCUAUGUGAUUGCACCACUCGCUCCUAGUACCCCGCCGGCGCCGCCUUACCUUAGACGGUCUAAGGCUGUCCUUCGGCGCGGCGAGAUCUUUGCAGCGAUGUCGGCCAUGGCUAUUUUCUUCGCAUGGGCCCUGUUCCUUGGGACGGCGUUCAUGCGGUUGCGGUCGAAGGAGGAGAGAGGAAGCGCGGGAGUAUCGUGAGCUGGAAUGUAAGGAAUUUGACUGAGUCGGACUGUCAGUGUACACGGUGGGAAGUGCCCCGAUCUAAACGUAGUUUUGUAACAUGUAUCAAUAGAGCAUAUCAUGACCUUUACGAUCUUUCCUAAUACUAUACAAUAUCUUUUCUGUGGUA